AUGGCGCCAAACGCAAAUGAUUUCCUGGAUGCUUCAGAAAGCGAUAAUGAUCAUAUCGAUACCUAUGACUCAGAUAACGAAAUUGCCAAGGGAGGAAGUCGAAGCACAAAGCGCAGAAAACUAAGCCUCGAUGAAGAAGACAGCGAAUCCGACCGAGAUGCGAAUGACAUUGAUCACGACGACGACGAAGAAGAUGGCGCCGAGGAACCAAGAUCAAUACAAGACCAGGAAUCUGCCAACAAAAAGAGAAAGCUUCCCAAGAUCCAAAGCGACCUGCCCAACGUCUCGCGCACGCUGAUCAAGAAGAACCUCGUCACGACCGACAAGGCGAUACACAAGUCGGGCGUCGUCUACCUGUCCCGUAUCCCACCCUUUAUGAAACCCGCCAAGCUACGGUCGCUCCUCGAGCCCUACGGCAGCAUCAACCGCGUCUUCCUCGCGCCCGAGGACCCGACCGCGCACGCGCGGCGCGUCAAGGCCGGCGGCAACAAGAAGCGGUCCUUCACCGAGGGCUGGGUCGAGUUCCUGCGCAAGAAGGACGCCAAGAAUGUCUGCGCGCUGCUGAACGCGCGCACCGUCGGCGGAAAAAAGGGCACCUACUACCGCGACGACCUCUGGAACCUGCUAUACCUGAAGGGCUUCAAGUGGCACAACCUGACGGAGCAGAUUGCGACGGAGAAUGCGGAGCGCGCGAGCCGCAUGCGCGCCGAAAUCAGCAAGACGUCGCGCGAGAACAAGGAGUUUGUCAAGAACGUCGAGCAGGCCAAGGUGCUCGAUGGCAUCGCCAAGUCGGCGGCGGCGAGGAAGCGCAAGGCGACGGACGAAGGUACCGCGCCGCCGCUGGAUGGCGCGGCCGGUGCGGCCGAGGUGGACGGGGAGGCGAAGCCGCAGCGACGCGCGAGAACGUUUAAGCAAACAUCCUUGGUCAAGAAAAGCAAGGAUAUGGAUGAACAGCCCGAACGGGUUACGAGGGUAUUGAACAAUAUUUUUUAA